AUGCCGAAAAAAGCAACUCAAGAACAGAAGCCCCAAACCUCCCAAGCUCCAGACGACGAGUACGAAGAGACGAUUGUUGUGGCCGAUCUGAACGGUGUUCUGGACGUGGACAGUGUGAAUAGAGCCUUCAGAAAUGGCAAUAUUUCCUUGAGAUUCGCUAAUACAGACAGACCUCUGGUGCAAGUGGGACAGUCGGUGUUUGCAGGAGAAUGGAACGAAACGAUGGGAACGGACAUUAUCUUCCAGAAGAACGGUAAGGAUCAGGACAAUAACUACGAGUUUCUGGCCAAGUCUUCUACCCGGCUGUCUACGAACAAAGCCAUUGUAUCGUGCUCAAAUGAAUCCAAGGAAUAA